AUGUAUUUCUUUGCUCGUCUCUAUGCUUUGACUGCCGUUUAUUACUACGCUUCCCUUGUGCUAGCAUCUGGCAAGCAUCCUUCAGUUCCUGCACGGUAUCAGCGGUUGCCUUCCCUGCGCGAGCGUGCCGCCAUCCAAGAUAAAUGGACGCAGGAAAGAAUAUUCAGAAUACCGAAGCUACUCGAGAAAUAUAACGCAGAAGCAUGGUUGAUAUGUCAGAGAGAGCAUGCAGAAGAUACCAUCUGGUGGUCUAUAAAGAACGCUACCGAUUUUGACUCUCACAGGCGCACAAUUCUUCUUUUCCACAACAAUCAAUCGUCUUUGGCUGGUGCACCGAAUCCUCUUAAGUGGAUAGACAACACUGGUCUGGUCUGGCCGGAACUGCGUAACACACUUGCCGAAUUUAAACCAAGUAGAAUAGUCCUUAACACAGACGAGGACAUUGCCUUCGCCGGGGGCCUUCAUGUUGGCGAACUUGCUGUUCUUCGGCGAGAAUUGGGUGACUUCUGGAUAGAAAAAACAGUCAAUGAACCAAUGCUCGCAGUUGAAUUUGUUGCGAGCAAGGUGAGCGGACAGUUGCCGUAUUAUCGGCGCAUGCAGGAAAAUGUGUGGGCGAUGCUUGAACAAGGGUUCUCUCAUCAUGUCAUUCAACCUGGAAAAACUACUACUGAGGAUUUGAGCUGGUGGUUCCGAGAGCAGAUGCAAAUCCUCAAUGUUACUACAUGGAACCAGCCAAGAAUAUCCGUGUUAGUAGAGGAAUCAUUUCCUGGAUGGGCUGGUACAGACGAUGUUAUUCAGGAAGGAGAUAUUCUGCACAUAGAUUUCGGAAUCACUGCAAUGGGCUUAAACACGGAUACGCAGCACAUGGCAUAUGUACUUAAAACAAACGGUACAGAGCCAGAAACAGAUGCACCAGAAAGCCUCAAGCAGGGCAUGAAAAAAAGCAAUCGAAUGCAAGAUAUUGUUUUGGAAAACAUGGUGCCAGGGCUAUCUGGAAACACUGUUCUUCGACGUAGUCUGGCUCAAAUGAAAUCGGAAGAUAUAGAGGGCCAAAUCUUUUCUCAUCCUAUUGGCGAUUGGGGCCAUGAUGCUGGGGCAGUCAUCGGCUUUCUGAACCUUCCCGAAUAUGUCCCGAUUUUCGGAGAACUUCCGAUACUUCCAGAUACAUACUAUAGCAUCGAGCUUUACGCUUACCAUUUUGUUCCCGAACGAAAUGCGACUAUACGAUUCCGCCAAGAAGAGAAUGUAGUUUGGUCUGCAGAUUCACAGUCAUGGCAAUUUAUCCGCGGUCGACAAGAGAGAUUCCAUCUGGUCGAUAGUAGGAAAACUUCAACCAUGUUCCUUGACCAAUCUUAA